AGGCGCGAAAACAGGGAGGGAGGACGAGGCGAGCACGGAGGGAUUCGAGAGGGAGGGAGGAGCGCGAGUGAGAAGGAGACAUAGGCGAGAUGGCCGGCGCGGCGGCGGUUGGUGGGCCGUCGGCGGAUGACGGCGGUGAGUUCUACCUCCGGUACUACGUGGGGCACAAGGGGAAGUUCGGUCACGAGUUCCUGGAGUUCGAGUUCCGGCCUGACGGCAAGCUCCGCUACGCCAACAACUCCAACUAUAAGAACGACACGAUGAUCCGGAAGGAGGUGUUCGUUACCCCCGCCGUCCUCCGCGAGUGUCGCCGUAUCAUUGCCGAGAGCGAGAUAAUGAGGGAGGAUGACAACAAUUGGCCAGAGCCUGAUCGAGUCGGUCGGCAAGAGCUUGAGAUUGUGAUGGGAAAUGAACAUAUCUCCUUUACGACGUCCAAGAUUGGGUCACUCGUUGAUGUCCAGAGCAGCAAGGAUCCUGAGGGCCUUCGCAUUUUCUACUAUCUCGUACAGGAUUUGAAGUGUUUUGUGUUCUCCCUCAUUGGCUUGCAUUUCAAGAUCAAGCCCAUCUAGGUGAUCUGUCAUGCUGUAAUCUCCUGAAUUGUCGUCGGGUCAGUUAGUUUUCUUGUUCGGGUUGUGACUGGUGUGGGAUAGAGGCGUGGUUUGGCUUGCCAUUAUAUUGCAUGACGGUUUGAGUUUUAUUAUGAACAAUGCUGGAGAGGAGCAAUUUAAAUAUUACGAAUUAUUGAGGUUCCGCCUCGCUUCAUUUCUGUCAAUGCCCUUUAAUGGCCGUCGCAUGUAAAUUUUCUGGGUACUGUUGUACCUUGCCCUGAUAUCUUGGAACCAAUGAUUUCAAUGUUGUCCUUUUGGAAUUUGCAGUUUAUUUCACCCUCA